GGUAGGCGGUUGUCUACAGGUGAGCGGCAGUUGAGGAAGACAAGGACCCACCAACAGGAGCGUGUCAAAAAGCUGUCAGAAAUGACUUUAAUACAACUUGCACACUAAUAUGAACUAAGAGGACAAAAAAAACCCACCAUGGUGUAUUUAGGAGUAUGCUGCGCCAGCCUCAAGGACAACAAAGCCCUGAUGAAGAUGGGGCUGGGGCUGGUGUUGGUGGGCCAUGUCAACUUUCUUCUUGGAGCACUGGUGCACGGCGCUGUGCUCAGGCACAUCAACGUGCACUCUCAGGCCCGGACCAUGGUCUACGCCAUCUCUAAUGUCAUUGCCAUCGUGGCAGGCUUGGUGGGAAUUAUUGGUGGAAUAACAGCCAUUGUCUUGUCCAAAAACAAGAAAAACAGGAUCCUGCAGUGGGUCCUGUUGGUCUUCGGCUUCCUGGCUGGUCUCUUGGCAGUUGCCUCCACCUUGGGCUUGUCAGUUUCGAUGGUAAAAGCCAUUAUGGAUAAAGGCAAGGGCCUGCUAACACACUGCAGGAAUUCUAAUAAUAAUGUUGGCUCUUCCAGCAUCACAUAUGAAUGCCCCUUUGACCCCACCCGUAUCUAUGCGACCACAAUCAUUCUGUGGGUGCCCCUCAUCUUGAUGUCUGUGGUGGAAAUGGUGUUCUCCUUCCGCUGCUUCGCUGCCUGCACUACGUUCCUCUACCUCUGUCCCUGCAGGAGGAGGCCGAUCCAGGCAAAGAGGGUGCGUAUCCAAAGACGCAUUGAAACCCCAACACCAGCACGGGAUCCAGAGAUCAGCGCUGAAGCUGAGCCUGCAGAGCGGGAUGAACUGCUGGACGGCAACACCGUAGUGGAGCAGAGUGAAUGGCUCUGAAGCAGCUAAACCUAAUGAGAUAGGUUGCAUACUGCUGGGAUCAACUGGAUAAGAUGCAGCUUCAUCUGUGGAGUUCUUGCAUCAUGUGUCUGUUACACACUACAUGUCUGAAGAAGACAUUUGUGGGACAUAAGCCAGGAAAAGCAAUAACAUUUUAUUUACCUUUACAUAAAAAGGAGGAAUUUUUUAUCUGCUGUUGGUUUGGUUUGAAGUGGUCAGCUUUUGUUUGUAUAGAUUUUGAAAAUAUUGAGAAUACAGAAAGCUUGUCAUCUCUAUUCCGACUUUAAAAUUAUUUCGUAAUUUAAAUGUUAUCGCCAAACAUUUCAUCAAAGCAGACAUGUUAUAAAUCUUAUUUUGAAAAACUCACAACUUAAGACAUUUACACAACUUUUUAUGGCAGUUUUUAUUGGUGUUUUAAAAUGUGGUCAACACACACCUGGGUCUGUCUGAUUUAAAUGACACUUGCAAACUCUGUGGUGAAACACUUUUACAAAUAUAUACAACAAAUGAAUGAA